UCCAAAUCGGUUGCCUCUAUAAACACCUUCUCUGAACCAUUGCUUUCAAAGAAAGUUAUCAGAUUUGAGCAUACCGACAAAAUAAAAAAAAAGUUCCGAGCUUGCUGGGGAAAGAAGAGCUGCAAUUUCGUUUUCAUUCGUGUUUUUUCGUAGUUAACUCAUUUCACGGGAUAUUUUAGAGUUUAAAUGGCUGAGGAAGCGCAUAAAGUUACAUUGAAUAUCUACGACCUAAGCAGAGGUUUGGCUCGCCAGCUCUCUGCUUCUCUUUUGGGAAAAGUCAUUGAAGGUGUCUGGCACACGGGGAUAGUUGUGUAUGGGAACGAAUACUUUUUCGGAGGAGGGAUACAGCAUUUACCAACUGGAACAACUCCAUACGGAGCACCACUACGAACCGUAGAGAUGGGUGAGACACACGUUCCUAAAGACGUGUUCGAGAUGUACUUGGAGGAGAUCACUCCUCGUUACACCGCCGAGUCCUACAACUUGCUCGCUCACAACUGCAACAACUUCAGCAACGAGGUCUCUCAGUUUCUUGUCGGUAAAGGAAUCCCUGACUACAUUCUCCAGCUUCCCACUGAGGUCAUGGACAGCCCCAUGGGUGGUCUUCUGAUGCCUAUGAUACAAAACCUGGAAGCAACUCUAAGAGCUGGAGCUGUUCCUAACGCUCCACAGUUUAGGCCUCAACCACAAGCUUCUAAUAAAGAGAAAGCUUCCAAGUCUGAGGAUGCCAAAACUGAAGAAGUGUCACCGGUUGUUGCUCAGUCUUCAGCUGUCAAAGAGAAGGUGAGAGAGGACCCGCUGGGUGAUGCUAGGAGCAAGAUUCAGGAAGAGAUUACUCGUGAGUUUGCAGCUCUCAUGGCGCAAGGCACAUUGAGAGCAAGUGAAGCAGCUACUAUAGCUACUAAGAGAGUGAUGCAAAAGUAUGGUCAUCUCAAUGCAGCUGCUUAGAGUCUACUAUGUAAAACAGAUGAAACCGUUUAUUAUUGCAGCUGUAUUGGAGGAACUGAGUCAAUAAUCUUUGAAACAAUUGUAUUUUUAUAUUUACCAGCUUCAUUUGUAUUCAACGACUUACAGAUAUUAAUCAGAUUUAAAACAAUUAGGAUA